GAUCCUCCAGCUUCCCCGGAACUUGACUCCUCCACCAACCUGCAUCAGCUUCAGCUUCAGAGACUUCGGUCCAAAGACAAUCACCCAAUACACCAGCAACCAAACCGCACACCAACGAUCACUAUAUCGGCUCUCAACUCUGGACUCGAUCCACCGACAUCGCCAAUCUUGAUAACCACUAUCACGUUGAGCGUUGGGUCCUCCACAAGUCGAAUCACAUGCAACGAGCACUGGAUUUCUCAAGCCUACUGAAUCCCACAGCAUCGGCUGAUACGGAACCCGAGAAACCCCAACAGGGCGACGUCGAGAUGGCAACCGCAGCAGUCACUGUUAUCAAACCCAACGGGCCCCUCCCGGGUGCCCAGGCCUCAGAGAGCUCCAACGAGCUGCCUCGACCUUACAAGUGCCCUCUCUGCGACAAGGCCUUCCACCGUCUCGAGCAUCAGACUCGACACAUCCGCACUCACACUGGCGAGAAGCCUCAUGCCUGCCAGUUCCCCGGCUGCAGCAAGAAGUUCUCUCGCUCUGAUGAGCUCACCCGCCACUCCCGCAUUCACAACAACCCAAACUCGAGGAGGGGCAACAAGGCUGCUCAGCAGCACCAGCAACAGCAGCAGCAUCAGAUGCACCAGCAGCAGGGCCUCCCGCCUCACAUGCUUCCCGAUGGAAUGAUGGCGCCGCCUCCCGCUCCCAAGACCAUCCGCUCUGCUCCCACAUCCACUCUGGCCUCCCCCAAUGUCUCUCCUCCCCACUCUUACUCGACAUUUGCUCUCCCCGUCUCGGCUGUUCACUACAACCGAAGUGGUGACAUUUCCAUGCUGGCCAAGGCCGCUACUCAGGUCGAGCGGGAGACCCUCACUGCUCCUCCUCACCACAACUCGCGUCACCACCCCUACUACAGCCACGGAAUGCACAGCUCCCGAGGCCACCUCCCUACGCUCUCCUCUUACCACAUGUCCCGGUCUCACUCCAACGAUGAGCCCAACGACGACCACUACUCUGGCGCUAUGCGACACUCCAAGAGGUCGCGGCCCAACUCCCCCAACUCGACGGCUCCCUCUUCGCCAACCUUCUCCCACGACUCUCUGUCUCCUACUCCCGACCACACUCCUAUCGCCACUCCCGCUCACUCUCCUCGCCUGCGACCUUUCUCCGGAUAUGAGCUCCCCAGCCUCCGGAACCUGUCUCUCCAGCACAACACGACCCCUGCCCUGGCCCCUAUGGAACCUCAUCUCGAGAACCACCACAUGCAGGGACCUCCUCCCGCUUCUGCUCCCCGGGCUACUGGCAUGUCUCUGACGGACAUUAUCAGCCGGCCAGAUGGAUCUCAGCGAAAGCUCCCUGUUCCCCAGGUCCCGAAGGUAGCAGUCCAGGACCUGCUCUCGGAUAACGGAUUCAGCCACAGCGGCAGGAGCUCCGGCGCCAACAGUCUGGCCGGAGGCGAUCUCAUGGAUCGGAUGUAGGACAGACGAUUGCUUCGCAGCUCGCACGACAUGAUGACGAACAACAUGGGUUAUAGAGGUAUAGAAGGAGACGGCGUUUACGGGUUACUACAUGGCAAUCGAUCGAAUUUCAUCAUCUCAAACACAGAAUUGAGCACUCGAGGACUUGGGCGGCACUUGUGAAACGAAAGAAGGCAGGCAUUUUUCUCCAGGGGCGGCGGACAUUGGUUCCAACAUGAGUCCCGCCCUCUACGGGGGGCGGCAGAAACUAGAUUUCGAAUUGCGGAGCACUUGGAUUUUUCCCUCGGGCUUGCCUCGGGGCUGUCGGGGCCACCAUACCUCGACCGGAAAAGCAGUCUAUUUUGAUAUCCACGGCUGGUUUUUUUCCCUUUCUUUUUUAUUUCUUGAGACAAAAAACUCGACUCCUGUCUAUUCAAACAAAAUUUUUAUGUCAAAUGUCUAAUGUUCAUGUCUUCUUCUCUUGUUC